GCAAAAGUGACUUGUAAAUAAUAUUGAAUUAUUAUAAUUGACCACAUUCGACAAUUAAUAAAAUAAAUAUUGAUUAAGAAUUAAGAGUUGACGAAGAAUAUAGAUGCCAUUGCUAAGAAGCUUCAAUCCCAAAAACUUAACGUACAAUGUAGUCACACCUAUGAACUUCAAGGUUGUAGAUUACUGAGGAUAUAUACCACAUUUCUAAGGGUAUGUGCAAUGGAGCAAGAAGAUCAUACUCAUCGUCGAACAAAAUUUGCUCUAGCAGUUUUCGGUAUAUCAUUUUGUCUUAUCCUACUAACAGUAGCUCAAUGGAUGCCACUAGUCACAAUAUGCGUGUUAGCCGCGCCUUUAAGGCGGAACUAUGUGGUAGCUGUCGUCGUUUUGAUGUUAGCCAUGGUAAUGGUAACGUGUUUCGUGUUUUGCGAUAACUGUCGAGUCAAGGCACCGAUGAAUUGUGUAAUGGUGCUACUCAUUUUUGAAUGCACAACAAUUGGAUUUGCUGUACUGAUUAUGGAGGAGAAAAUCCAAUUUUUCUUAUUAAAUUUCUUAAUUGUAACAAUAGUAACUCUUAUUGUCAUUAUUGCUGCAACAUUCUGUACUUACGACAUGACCGUUGAUAUCAUCGCGCUAUUUGUUGUUGCAAUUAUAUUAUUCAUAGGUUCAGUAUUUCUUGUGGGCUUAUUCGCGAUGAUUAAUUCUAAAAUCAGUUAUUAUCUAUAUACACUUCUUGGUGGAAUAACGAUAAUAAUGUUCAUGGCUUAUCAUACACAGACUAUAACUGGCGGUCGGUAUGCCCAAAUGCGUACCAAAGAUAGUUUACUGGGAGCAUUGAUACUAUAUGAAGAUUAUAUAUUAUUAUUUAUGAUGUCUUAUUUCAUAAUAGUUGAAAACUUUAACGACAUGGGUAUUAGAGGGUCCUCUUACGAAUGUCAAAAUGAUUAAAAGUGUUGAUGUGAUCAAACUCAAAUAUUAAUUCUGUUUAUUUAAACUCGGACAAGG